GAGUGAGAGAGUGUGAGAGAGAGAGAGAAACGCCGGCCUCAUCAGUCGAACCUACCACCCCUCACCCCCUCCCACCCACCCACCCACCCACACACACACACACACACACACACACACACACACACAGUGCCGGAGGGAAUCCAGUCAGCAGCAAUCCGGAGAACGGAGCAAGCCAGGCCACCCACUGUCAUUCGCCCCUCCGGCAGCAACAGCAUGUGGCAGCCAGCGAGCGAGAGACUGCAGCAUUUUCAGACCAUGCUGAAAACAAAGUUGAAUGUGUUGACUCUGCGGAAGGAACCCUUACCCACUGUCAUCUUUCAUGAACCAGAAGCCAUUGAAUUGUCUCCCACAGCUCCUCUGAUGAACAGCCAGUAUAACACAGAACGCAAGGUUAGGUACUUAGGAAAAGUGGUCAUGAAGGGGACACAAUUUAUGUCAGGGUGCACUGAAAGGUCAGUUGUUGAGUUGUGGGAGAAGCACACACUGGAUCAAGAAGACAUAUCAUCAGCCAAUGCCAUUUUAGAGAUCCGCCCUUUCCAAGUCCGUCUCCACCAUUUGGAUUCAAAGAGGGAGGCAGCAGUCCGGAUGGAUACUUUCCAGGUGGCACGCAUUGCCUAUUGCACAGCAGAUCACGAUGUCAGCACCAACAUCUUUGCCUGGCUUUAUAGGGAGAUCAAUGACGAUUUGUCCUACCAGAUAGAUUGCCAUGCGGUUGAAUGUGGGAGUAAGCUCGAAGCCAAAAAACUAGCACAUGCCAUGAUGGAGGCCUUCAAGAAGACCUUCACCAGCAUGAAGAAUGAUGGGAAAAUCCACAACAGCAGCUCCUCUGAGGAAGCAGAAUCAGCAGCAUCAGAUGAUGGCUGAAAGGGUAAUUGAUUAAUUAGGGAUCAAUGUUGAAGUCUGAUGACGAGAGCCAUUUGAAAGAAAUAAAUAGUGGAAACCUAAUUGAGGAUGAAACGCCAAUGAACCCUUGGUUGGUUAGCUUGCCAAAUUAGCCAAGUGACAAUACAUAAUGAGAAAAGUUUUUAAAAAGAUUACGCAUUAUUAAAUAGUUGCAUUGAAAUUUAAAACAACUGCUCUGCUCUGACUGCGAGUAUAAAGCUCUGACUCCCUAUGGGAGUUUGACACAUCUGCUGAUGUUAGUCCUUUGCUAAUUUACCUAACAAAAUUCACUAAACUAACAGAACAGUUAACUUCGUCGCUACAGCCAAGAAUUAAACUGAAGUUUAACUACAGAGGGAGUACCAUACAGUCAAAACAGUUAAGAGAAAAUGAACAGAAAACUUACAUACAGAUUGAAAACAAAACCAGCAAGACUUACACGUAAAAACAAUUAAAAAGAAACGCAUUGAUCUAUCUUCAUAUAUUUCUACCAACAUAUAAGCUACAAUAUAUGUAAAGAUAUAUUCCAUUUUUAUAAAAUAUAUUUCAAAAUGUAAGUAUUAAAAUGUAAUGUUUAAAUCUUUAAAAAUUGUGGUGUAUUAUCAACUGUGAAAAACAUACAGAAAUAUUUGAUUGUAAAUUCAGAGGUUUGUCACAUGGAAGCCUCUGAUCUGGAGUUGUUUCUCAAAAACAGAGGAAUAAACAAGGCAUUAAAAAUCUUUAGCCAGCACAACUGUUUAAAUGGACUCCAAACUUGUAUUGUUUUAUUUUAAAUAUUUUUAAGGGAAGUCGAGAUAGUUCCCAAAAGUUUCACUUCAAGAAUCUGUUCAUGUUUUUGUUUCCCCCUGCUAGAUACAGGCUGCUUGCUUUGGUUACAUUCACCCAGAUAGAUUACAUUGUUUAAGUCUCCAAUGGAAAGUCAACAGGAGGCUUAUGUUCGCAAGCCUCAAUAGUUUUAAUCCUAUUAUCUUGAUACUGCCCUUCGAAUCAUUGUGUUCCAUGUGCAUUCUUCAAAGAACAUGGCAAGUCAUGGUAAAUGACCACUUCAUAUUCCAAGCUUCUUCUGUUCUUAUACAGCGUUAUUUUGUUCUUCCAUUACUGAGGGUGACUGUGUCAGUUGUGGGAGAGUUAAGAAUCUUAUAAGGGAAAUAGUUUAGUUUCCCAUUUUCCUACCCUUGCCUUUGCACCAUAUAUUGGCUGUAAGUAGAAAACUGGGUUCCCAAGCUGGUUAGAGCUUUUCUAUUUUCAUUAAGAUAGAUGCUGGAAGGCUAACUUUCCAAUGUACGAAUGAAAUGGAUGGUUAUGUCGGUGAAGAAAGCCAUUGCUGCAUUGAAAGCCAUUGCUACAUUGAGAUAGUGAACCAUCUUGUAACAUACAAAAUCAAUAAGCAGAAGAAUGGUUUCCAAAACAACAACCGACUAAAGGACCCAUGUUCAUGUGAAUUGUCCUUUUUAAGAAAUAAAGUGACUUGUAAUGUUACUGGAAGCACUCUGUCACCACAGCAUGUAAACCAAGAUUAUUUUAGUGUGUGAUUGUUUUUUGGAAGUUCAAUGUUACCUGCAUUUGUGAAGUUACAAAAUAAAUUGUUACGUGGUGA